AGUCUAGUGUGGGAGCAACGCCGAGCGACUCUUUUCCGUUGAGCACCACUGUCUGGUCUUACCAGUCCGUACGCACCGCAGUGGGUUGCGAGCCAGUAGUUCCUGUACCCGAAAUACCGAGAUUCCUUGCAUGCGCAGAACACAAAGAAAUGUCCCUUUUAACAGAGGGAUGGCAGCCAUCCGUAAGAAGCUGGUGAUCGUUGGCGAUGGAGCUUGUGGGAAGACCUGCCUUCUGAUUGUCUUUAGCAAAGACCAGUUCCCCGAGGUCUAUGUCCCCACUGUGUUUGAGAAUUAUGUCGCCGACAUAGAAGUGGAUUGCAAACAGGUGGAGUUGGCUCUGUGGGACACGGCCGGUCAAGAGGACUACGAUAGGCUCAGACCACUCUCUUAUCCAGACACUGACGUCAUUCUCAUGUGCUUUUCCAUCGACAGCCCAGACAGCUUGGAAAACAUUCCGGAGAAGUGGACACCAGAGGUAAAACACUUCUGUCCCAAUGUUCCCAUCAUCCUGGUCGGAAACAAGAAAGACCUGCGCAAUGAUGAGCACACGCGUCGGGAGCUGGCUAAAAUGAAGCAGGAGCCUGUGAAGUCUGAGGAGGGCAGGGAAAUGGCUGGCCGGAUCGCGGCGUUUGGCUACAUGGAAUGCUCCGCAAAGACCAAGGAUGGCGUGCGGGAGGUGUUUGAGAUGGCCACAAGGGCGGCGCUGCAGGCUCGCCGCAGAAAGAAUAGGAAUAAGUGUGUACUGCUGUAACGUGGCAGUUGUUGUGGGACUGUUUGCACCUGGCCUGUUGUACCUGUGGCCAGGGCGGGGGAGGGAUGGAAAAAUUAGGGGGUGUAGGAGGAAGGGCAGGAAAAGACUGCAGUUAAUGGACUACCGCUAUAAAAUGGCUGUUUGUCGGACUGAAUUUACCCUGGGACUUUUUUUUUUGGGAAGCUUUGAUGGAGAGGGAUUGGAUGUGGGCAAAUAUCGACUGUUGUAAACCAUUGGACUCUUAAUUUGGUGGGAGCUUGACACCACCCAAAGACCGAUACAGCUCCCCCCCAACCAACACAGAAGUUCAUUAAGAGAUCCUGGCCCUUGCAUCAAAGGUAUCCAUCCGUGAUGAUUUGUGGCGGGACAUUCCGCUGACUGUUAUGUUUGGAUGGCAAUAUGAAUUUCCUCCCUGGAUGACUUGAUGGGUCAGGCAGGGCACGGCAAGUACAGUUAAUGGCUGCCAUUUGGGAUAGGUAACCCCAAUCGUGCAGUUGCAGGUGAGUGAAUUUGCCCUGUAAUGAGGCUGUACACACAAAGAUCAGAUUCUCACUUGGGUCAUUUCGAUGUGCCUACAGUUCAAUUGCAACAAGACAACACGAAUACUCGUGUCUAGAAACAGUUUGAUCCUGUGUGCACCCUACGCGACCCCCUUCCACUUCAGAUGUGAGGGUCUUAUGUGUGUGCUCACAUGUGCAGCCUUAAAUGAGUGAGGUCUAUCUGAGGUUAAUCUUGUGCUUACAGACUCCCAGCCAGUACAUGCACUCAGCUCUCACCUCACUGGCACUGCUCUAUUAUUAUACCACACUGUACUGUAAUUGACACACCGUUGCCCCCUGUUGUUACCAUUUAAACUACUUGUAAAAUGAUUCUGGCAAUGAUUACUUUAACGAGCAUGCUCCCACCACCAAUAAUAUCAUGGAUUCUAAAAAUGACAACAAAAAUUUGUGGUCCAGGAGAAGGAUUUUCAAGCCAGCCAAACUCUUCUCAUCCCCUCCCCCACACAUUACUCCCCCAUACUUGCGACUGCUGGUGCUGAUCUUCUCCUGGUUGUAGACCAGGACAGAGAACGAGGAGAGGAAGUAUUUUGUUUACAUGCAACGCCACCACUAAUCUCUGGAUCCGGGAGGAACACUAUUUUAUUUGGGAGGCCAGAAGUGUACACUUAAACAGAAUCUGAAGCCCAUUUUACAUAGCAUGUUGAGUCCGGGAUUCUGACUUCAGAGGUUAGAACCGAGCCGUGACCACGCUAACCUUUAGCAGUCCACACUCGCAUUUCCUGUCAUGUUGUGUGGAAGUAAUUGCGACUGUGAAGUAUUUGUCAUUCGUCAGACCAGACGUAAUUACGAAUCAAAUGUCCAACUGCAGUGGUCAGUAUUGCUGUUAGCACACACACACACACACACAGUUGUGUGGCAAUAUGAGUUUGAAGCUGCACCUUCUGUUAUAGCUCAGAUGCGGCCGUUUUGUAGGUUCUCAGUGAAAAAGAGGCUUAAGCGGGUCCCUGGGAUCAGCCGCAAGCACAUUUAACAAUUGAAUAUGCCUUAUUAUUCAAGUGUCGUUACCUGCCGACCCACAAAACUGCAUGACAGCCUUUUUUGGGGAAACAACAAACGGUGUUCUUCAGCACUAUCUAGACAAAUUUGAAUUCACAACCUGGUUAAUUGCUUGCUGUUAGUGGUAUUUGGUUAAAAAUUAUGAUGGUGGCCUGUCAGUUUUUGGCUCAAAUAAAAGAACCCCUCUAGUUCCUCUUUCUGGCCUACCGGGAUAAAUUUGCUCCAGGAACCUACUCUUGUAUUGUUAGAUUAUAUUUUAUUUCCUGCUUUUAUUUUUAAAUGUAUUAUGUUGUCUGUCGGUAUUUAAGAAAGAAAAAAAAACAGGCAGAACAAGAGCGGACUGCUUUUUUUGCUUGCUUUACUUGACUUUACACUUGGUAAUUAAGAAUCUGUCAAUCAGUCCCACCAAAUGUUUUUCGACAGGAGAGAGGCUGGAUUAUUGCUUGGACCCUGGAUUAAGAUGUGUAUUUUCAACGCAAAUGAUGACAUUGAGAGUGCAAAAAAAAAUGCCUCCUUGUAAUGUACAAAUCAUUAUUUCUUUUAAUGAAUGUUUCAAUCAUACAUUCUGGAUGCUGAAGUCAGAACAGGAAAACCAAGCUGUAUGCAAUGUCUGUAAAUAUGAAUUAUGGGUUUGUUCAUACUAAACUAUACACACACAGGACUGGAAACUAUUUGUAAACUAGCUUUGGUUUGUGUAAUAAAUUACUUUCUAUAACA